AUGGCCGAGCUGGCAAAGCUGACUGCCACAGUGGCUCAUCUGGAGCAGAUCGUCCACGACGAUGGGCUCUGCGACCGCCUUCAUGAAGGUCUCGUUGCGGAUGCACAGCUUCGACACCGGGUUGAAGAGGCUUUAAGAAGAGCAAAUCUGCGCCUCCAAGGGGCAGGUAGCAUCUCGGAGAGCUUGGCAACUACGGGGUUCGAUCUCGCUAUUGCUCAUAUUGGGUGCCAGCUGAACAUAUGGACUACUUUGGUCAUACAAGCUCCGACUGCCGUCGAGGCGGAUGCUCUUGCUGCCACGGCAGGAGUAGAUGGUGCCCUGAUGCUGCGACUUCUGCGUUACGGGGCGGCCCACGACAUGGUCAAGCAGGUAGAUCGGACUACGUUUCGAGCCAGCAAGGGUACCGAGCGACUCGCUAAGCCAAGCGUCAAGGACGCCAUUCUCGUCUCGGUCGAUAUGCUAGCUCCAAUGGCUCUCUCAUUCCCUGCUUAUCUAGAAUCAAUUAAACGCGCGGAGCCUGACGACCCGAACAACACGGCAUGGACCUUCUCGAUUGGCAAGGGGCAGGAUAUGUUUGCGUAUAUGGCCGCUCGGCCAUUGUAUGCUGACGCCUUCAAUCGCCACAUGACCUUUCUUCAAGAGAACACAGUCCCGUGGCUUCACAAUUUCCCUCUUGAGCAGUACAUGGACGUCAACAAGACCGAAGACAGGCGGGUGCAAUUCUGUGACGUCGCUGGUGGCAAUGGCCAUCAGGCGUUAAAUGUUGUCCAGAAGUAUCCCACGCUGGAAGGCAGAGUCGUGGUGCAGGACCGCCCAGAUAUGACUUUCACGCAGCACACCGGGGUAGAACAUGUUUCUUUUGACCUGUUCCAACCGAACCCUACCAAAGGAGCGCGAGUGUACUAUCUGCGACACAUCCUCCACGAUUGGCCAGACGAGCAAGGCCGGACGAUCUUGACUCACCUGCGAGCGGUCAUGGAAAACGAUUCCGUCAUUAUAGUCAACGAGAUGGUCAUCCGAGAUGUCGACACACGCCACUAUUCGACGAGUUUCGAUAUAUCCAUGGCUAUGGGCUUCGCGGCGAAAGAGCGCACAGAUCAUGAGUGGAGCGCCUUGUUCACGUCAGCCGGCCUGAAGCGAGUCGAUCUAGUCGAAUAUGAUCCUCGAGGAAUGUCUUUACAGGUGCUGACACCGCAAUGA